UAGGGGGCAGGCCUUCGGAAAGGUGCGGAACGGAGUGAUGGUUCUGGUUUCAGGCAGCUGGAGCUCUCCCGGCGUCUCCUGGAGCCAUGGCCAGCGCCAAACAGCAAGUGUUCGUUGAAAAAGUGCUGAAGAGACUAUAUCCAUCUGUUUCAAAUCAGCAACUUCAAGCUACAACAGAGACUUCUUCCUCAAAACCAGAACUAGAACCAAGUAAAGACCAGGCUUCAGCAGAUGAUGAAAACAAGAUCCAACCCAAGAAAAAAAUAUAUACAGUAAGCCCACCUCCUGAUGGAUAUGUUCCACAUUCUCCAGAAUUCACUGAUACCAGAAAAUCAGAAAAAUCGAGUAGCACUGAUGACUCAGAAGAAGAGAAUCCUCAAGAGCCACCAAAGAGGAGGAGGAGAAGAAGAAGAAGAAAGCAGAAACCAAAGAAUAUUCUGCAAAGUGCCCAUAAUAUCCAUGUAGAACAAACAGAAUUUGAGAAGAAUGAGAGCCGUUUACAAGAAAAAUUACAGCCACAGCAUACAGAUGGCCCACAAAUAAGCAAAAAUAAAAAAAGGAAACUGAAAAAGAAACAACAAAAAGAGAGGAAGAGAGCAGCUGGCCUGUUAACAAGAGCCACUGCCAUCACUUUUACAUACCAACCUGAGAGCAAUAGUGAAGAAGAAGAUUUUAAAGAUACCGAGGAAAAAGCAGAUGGCAUCCUAAACUUCUUGAAGGCAACACAAGAAAUUUAUUUUUCUGACAGUAAUAUUAAAUCUUCUGGUUCAGUUGCUUGUUUGGAAACUAUCCAGGAGGUUUUUAAACAUCUUGAGUUUCAUCGCAUAGCUUCCUCAGAUAUUAUACUUUUGCACCAGAUGAAAACUCUGGUACUUUUACAAGAUAUCAAGAGAUUGAAGAGUGCUUUGGAACAAUUCCAAGAACAGUGCAUGAUGCCACCUGAUCAUGCAAGAGAAAUUGCAACUCUCUUUCAUUAUUGGAUUACUGAUAUCCUUCCAGUAAGGAACCAGGAAAUAAGGUCCGGAGGCUCAUCUACAACGAGUUAAAAUUUAAUAAUAGGGAAAAGCCUGAAAGAAGAAAUAUGAAAUGCCUGAGAACUUUACUGAAGUUGCCAAAAUAGGCUUUAAAAAGAAAAAAGUUCUAUAUUUUUAGUGUUAAUCAGAUACUGUAAAUUGGUAAGAUGUCUGUUAGUUUGCUUCUACAACGUAAAUACUAAGUCUUACCUAAGACUUUAAAUGUUAAAAUCAGGAUAUUAGAAUUGAAAUGUUAUUUAUACAUUUAAUUUUUUCAAAGUAUAGAUCUUCAAUUAACAUUGAGAUUCUUUUUUUUUUUUUUUUCUGUUUGCCAUAAACAAAACAUAAAAGUAUAUAUUCUUUGUGGAAUCAAAUCAACUAUUGUCUUGAAGCUACAAUAAAUUUUGUAAAUGUCAAAAUCAUACUAGAUUUUAAAAUUCUUUUAGAAUGCUUCAUUUUCCCUCAUUUUUGAGAACUGUUUUGAUGCCAGGUGUCUGUUGUUAAGAUUUUUGAGGAAUGAAUGGGAUUACAGACUUUAAGAACAUUUGCUAUUUUAUAGUGGAAAAAGCACCAGAUUUGGAGUCAGAAGAUCUGGUUUAAAAUCUUAGUCCCUAUUCCUUGCCACCUGCACUUGUGCUUUGCAUUGUUUCUAAAAAUUUGAAACUUUCAUUUUAAAAAAGGAGAUUUGAUUAGGUGACUUCUAUGCAUGCUUUUGGGCUGUAGCAAUCAAAGAUUCUAACCAUUUCACUGUUCAAGUGAUCCACAAUCCCAGAAUUCCAGAGGUCUGAUGAAAUCUAGUAUAGCCUUUUCAUGGUACAGAUGAGGAAAUGGCCCAGAAAAAUGAAGGGAUUUCCCCAAAGUUGGACCCUAGGGAAAGAACUGUUAGUAGUAUACUUUGAGGUCUGUUUGCAAAAAAUAAUACAGACUCCAUUAGAAAAUAGAAAUAAAUGAGACCUACCUUGUAAUAAUAGCAGUCUCAUCUUCAAACAUUUCGAUUAUUUUUUUCUUUACUUCAUUUUCUUCACUGAUAAUAAUUUUCAUAUAACAUAGAAUAUCCUUUUACUUGACAGGAUGAAGAGUUAAAAGAAUUUUCAUCUAGGGAACUAGGGGCUUGAAGGAGUGGGACAUAAAACUGAAUGAUCAAUCAUGUUUCUACUAGAGUUUUUGUUUGUUUUUUAGUCAAAUCCUCCCCCCCCCCCCCCAAAAAAAAAAAGCCCAUAACACCACCAUAAGUGCAAAGUAACUAAUUUCUUUUGUCAAAUUCUAGCCAGUUGUCAACCCUAUUCUCUACCCAAUCCUUUCUCUCUCCUUGACCCCUUCCUUUUCUUUUAUCUCACUGCUUAUCUAAAUUUAGCUUUAUGGGAUAAUCUCCAUUAAACUGACAGUAAGAGGUAGCUUUUUAGAUUUGAUCAAUCCCAAUGUUAGAGCCUGAAGGGGUUUGGGGGAUUAUUUAAAUUAGUCUUCUUACUUUCAUUUGAUCUGUGACUGACAAAAUCACUGAACAAAGAAUAUUUUUAUUCAAAAUAACAAUAAGGUGGGAAAGAUCUUAGAAAUAACUUUUUUUGGUGACCUUGCCUCUUGGUGAAGAGGAUCUCACCAACUCAAGGGUCUCAAUCAAAUGACAAUAUUCCCCUGGCCUAUUUCUUUCUUUCAGGAGCCCACUUGUUUCCCCUGCUGGUGCUGGUGUUGCCCUGGCACUAGGAUUCCUAAGUCUCAAACAUGAUCAGUUUUAGUUUUUUUGCUCCUUGUGGCUACCAGAAAGCAUAUUCAUUUCUCUCAUGACAGCUGCCACAUUUUGUGGCUUGCUUGACCCAGACCUACUCUUUUUCUUGGUGUCCUAGACCUACUCAGCAUCCUCCUAUCAGAAACUUAAGCCUCUGCCCCUAAUAUUUAUUAGCACUAUUAUAUCCUUCAGCUUUUCUUAAACUGUGGUUUGUGACAUCAUAUGCUAAAUGUGGGUGCACUGUCCACAAGAAUAGAAUUUUGGUCACAUACUUUAUAUAACAUUUUGAGGCUUCAAGCCUAGAUUUAAAAAAAUUGUUCUUGUUUAUUGUUAUUUUUUUCUCAUUUUCAAAAAGCUGGGACAAUUCCAUUAUUUCAAAUGGAGCUAUUUAACUAGCUUUUAAACCUAAGUCAUUAGACUUAAAUUGAAUGACCAAUAAAAGCCCCCAACCCAAGCAUUUGUGACUCAUUGUUUAGGAUUUGAUGACUUAACAUGGUAUAAAUAGCAAUUAAUUUCUUUUCUGGACAGAAAUUCUAAGGGUAUUUCCUUUAGACAAACUGAGACCCAAGAAAGACCUAACUUAGGCCAAGGUCACCUACUGCAUCCUGAAACAUUGAAAAUCUUAACUUUUGUCUAGCCUCUGAACUUGGAUGACUGGAAGAGAGAAUGAGGCUCAUGACUUUUUGCAAUAUGGAAUACUUGAGAGUAAUAGUGAGAGAUGCAAAAUGUGACCAUCACUUUGGGGGGGGAGGGCAAGGUGCUGUGAAGGAGUAAUACUACCAUCAUCAUCAUCAUAAUGGUUAUGAUGACUAUUAUAAUAACCAUCAAUUUAUAUAGCACUUUGAAAUUUGCAAAGCACAUUACAAAUAUCUCAUUUGAUGUUCACAACUGCUGUGCUAGAUAAGUCAUGGAAUUUAAGAAAACUGAGGAAUUAGAAGCUUAGGGGAACUUCAACAGGGAUGUUGAAAUCUCUUAAUAUAAGGGGGGCAUGAACUAAGGAGAAGUAAAAGAUGAUGAACCAAGUCCUAAAUUCUUUAAGAAAGAAGGAUGAAUGUACUUGGUGACAUAUCACCACAGCCACUAUAAUCUGGAUCGGGUAGAAAAUGUUUAUAUUGUAAAUUUCAAAGGAGGAAAGAUUGAUGAGUGCUGGUGAUAAAGGAUUAAUCUCCUAAACAGGAAUGAGGAACAAAACAGAUUCUAAUUUCCCUACCAGGACCAAUAGGGAGAGGGAUAAAAGGGGAAAAAUAAGGUUAUGGUGUGAAGAUAAGAGUCAGUGGUAGGAAAGAGACAAAGAUGUAGUUAUGUAUUAUUGUAGAGAGGAAGGAGAGGGAAUCCAGGUCUCAGUGAGGACUAGUUGAUGAAAAUAUUAGCAAAAAAAAAAAAGUUCUAGAUUAAGGAAAAUGUGUUCACUUGUAAUAGAAGGAGAGAUUGAUAUGGGACAUGGAUAAAGUAGGGCUGAGGAAUAUGGAGAUGAGAGAACAGGAAGUGGGAGUUGAGAAUAGUUUUUUCCUGUGUAGUACAGGACUAAUUAAUACAGACAUAGAAAGAGAAACAGUAAGAAAUUGUUAGAAGGAUAAUAUUUGGUAAUAAAUGAAAAAGUUGAAUUGCAGUUCUCCAAGGGAUGUUGAUGCUGGGCCUAUCGUGUAGUGUAAUGCUGAAGAAACUGAGGCAAGAUAGAGAUUAGAGUUUUUAAUAUUUGAGAGGGAGAGAUUGUGCUGGGGACAAAACAGGAUCCAUGUUGCCCCCAGGGCUGAGUUGGACUGUCAUCUCAAGGCAGUCAGCACUGAGUGAAGAAUUCCAGGGAUUCUUUAUAGCUCCAGCAAUCGGGAGACACAAUGGCUGGGGAAGGAGGGGUAAGAGCACUGGUGAGCAGGAACUUUUCAGGAAUGGACCAUAAACAGUUAAGUGUCACCUCAUUACAUAGCCAAAAUAUUUAAGGUUUAAUGUCAGUAUCUGACCUUAUAGGGAAUAGUCUGAAUUAAUUUAUUGAAGUAUGACUAAUUUGAUCUCCUUUCUGUCAAAGGGAUUCUCAGAAGACUUCUCUAGGAUCACAAUUUGAAAGUAUCAAUUCUGUGGCAUUCAGCUUUCCUUAAAUAGUCCUGUUCUCAUAAUUCCCUUCUAGUGUGAAAACCAUAGCUAUGAUUAUAGGGACCCUAGUUGGCAAGGUGAUGCCCUUGCUUUUUAAUAUACUAUCCAGAUUUUCUAUAGCUUCACUAACUUGUUGUGGUAGAAGCACCUGCAUAGCUCAAUGAAUCUAUUCCAUACAAAUCAUGGAAGAGGUAAUCCUGGAGAAGGAAAUGCAGACCAUUCCAGUAUCUUAACCAAGAAAGCCCCAUACAAUGCUAAAAUAUUAAAGGAGUUGAUAUUGGAAGAUGAGCCCCUCAAUUUGAAAGAUGUCCAAUAUACUAUUAGGGAAGAGCAGAGGACAACUACAAAUAACUCUAGUAUGGUGACAAAAGGAAACUCUAGUUCUGGAAAGACCAGUAAUGCAUAGGAACUUAGAAUGUAAGAUCUAUGAACCAAGAUAAGUUGUAUAUGGUCAAACAGAAGAUGGAAAGAUUAAAUAUCAACAUCUUGAAUAUUAGGGAACUAAAAUGGGCAAGAAUGAGUGAAUUAAAUUCAGAUGAACAAUCUACUGUAGGCAACAAUCCAUUAAAAUAAAUGGAGUACCCCUUAUAGUUAAUAAAAAGGAUAAGAAAAGCAGCAUUGAGAUAUGAUCUCAAAAAUGACAGACUGAUAUCAGUUUGAAUCCAAGGCAAACUAAUCAACAUCACAGGAAUACAAAUCUAACCACUAAUGCCAAAGAAGUCAAAGUUGAUGAGUUUUAUGAAGACCUACAAUAUCUUCCAGAAAUUAUAUUAAAAAAGAU